GUUAUCUUGAAAUCUUUUGGGGCUAUCAUUAUGGGCAAACUCACCCCAAAAAAAGACGACAAUCUGGAAAUCUGUCCUGACCACUGCUAGAGCUCGGCCUCGCGAGCAGAUUUUUAUUGAAAGUCAAGGAAGCAAGUUGCAGUAAAGUCAACCGAAUUACUAUCUGGGAUCUUUCCUUCCCUCGCUUAACAAGUUUAAUCAUUGACUUGGCAUUUCAUGUCAUGUCUAUAUAAAUUUUCUGUCCUACCAAACAAACGAACACACAAGCAGGGAAGACAUAGUUGUCAAGAAUCAAGAUGCCUUCUACUUCAUCUUCCAAUGUUCCCUCUAAAACAAGCUACGAUGUUUUCUUAAGUUUUAGAGGUGCUGACACACGCCAUAACUUGAUCAGUCAUCUUUAUGCUGCUUUGUCUCGAAAACUUGUCACAACAUUCAUUGAUGACCAUGGUCUUGACAGAGGAGAAGAGAUCUCACCAACUCUCUUGAAAGCCAUUGAAGAGUCCAAGAUUUCAGUCAUCAUUUUCUCAGAAAACUAUGCGUCCUCGAAGUGGUGCCUAGAUGAGCUGGUCAAAAUAAUGGAGUGCAUGAAGACGAUGAGUCGAAAUGUAUUGCCAGUUUUCUAUCAUGUAGACCCUUCUGAUGUUAGAAAGCAGACUGGAAGUUUCGGCCAAGCAUUUGGUGUAGUUAAGGAGAAAUUUAAGGGUAGCAUGGACAGAGUACAAAGAUGGAGCACUGCCUUGACUGAAGCAGCUAAUCUGUCAGGAUGGGAUUCCAACAAUUAUAGGCUUGAAUCUGAAUUAAUUGAGGGAGUUAUUGACGAAAUCAUUAAGAAGUUGUAUGCUACCUUUUACAGCAUUUCCACUGACUUGGUUGGGAUUGAUUCACAUAUUGAGCAAAUUCUGCCAUUGUUAUGUAUUGGGUCGUUAGAUGUUCGAUUCAUUGGAAUCUGGGGAAUGGGUGGUAUAGGAAAGACAACUAUUGCUGAAGCUAUAUUUAGUAGAAUAUCUGAUCAAUUUGCUGGUUGCUGUUUUUUGAGCAAUGUUAGGGAAAAGUCAUCAAAGCUUGGGCUAAUCCAUCUUAAAAGAGAUAUGUUUUCCAAGCUUUUAGGGGAUGAGAAAUUGAGCAUAGAAAUGUCCCAUGCACUUCCCACCUUUGUUGUAGACAGGCUCAGGAGGAAGAAAGUUAUUGUUUUUCUUGAUGAUGUGAAUGAUUCUGAACAAUUAGAGGCUUUAGCUGGAAAUCAUGGUUGGUUUGGACCAGGAAGCAGAGUUAUUGUGACAGGCAGAGAUAAGGAAGUGCUUCAAUGUAAAGUUGAUGAAAUAUAUAAGGUUGAAGGACUAAAUCACAAUGAUGCUCUUCAACUAUUGAGUAUGAAAGCCUUCAAAGAAAAGCAGCCUCCAAAUGAUUAUGCAAAGUUGUCAGAAAUGGUGGUAAGCUAUGCUCAAGGUGUUCCAUUAGCUCUUAAAGUGUUGGGUUCCCAUCUAUACAAAAGGUCACAAAAAGAAUGGGAAACCAUGUUGAAUAAACUAAAACAAUUUCCUGAUUCCAACAUCCAGAAAAUCUUAGAAAUAAGUUAUGAUGAAUUAGAUCAGAUGGAGAAGGAUAUAUUUCUUGAUAUUGCAUGUUUCUUUAAAGGAUGUGAAAAAGAAAAGAUUGAAGAUAUAUUAGAGGGUUGUGGUUUUGCUGCAGAAUGGGGAAUACUUCGCCUAACAGAAAAGUGUCUAGUAACUAUACAGAACAACAGAUUAGAAAUGCACGAUUUAAUACAGGAAAUGGGUCUGCACAUUGCUAAACGGAAAGGCAGCAGAUUAUGGAAUUCCCAAGACAUUUGUCAUAUGUUGACGACUGAUAUGGGGAAGAAAAAAGUUGAAGGCAUAUUCUUGGACAUGUCUAAAACUGGAAAGAUUCACUUGAACCAUGCAACCUUCUCAAGAAUGCCUAUGUUAAGAUUGCUCAAAUUUUACAGGACUUGGCCUUCUCCAAUGAACCAAGAUGCAGUUUUUAUAGUUAAAUCUGCUGAAUCAAAUUGUCUUGAAGAUCUUUCUAACAGGCUGAGUUUACUCCACUGGGAAGAGUACCCUUGCAAAUCUUUAUGUUCUAAUUUUUUCAUGGAGAACCUUGUUGAGCUUAACAUGCCAAGAAGCAAUAUUGAACAGCUUUGGAAUGAUAAUGAGGGUCCACCAAAGUUGAGAAGGCUUGAUUUUUCUGAAUCUGUGAAUCUAAAGAGACUCCCAGAUCUAUCUUCAACUACAGACCUGACGAGUAUAGAAUUGCGGGGCUGUGAAAGUCUGCUUGAGAUUCCCUCAUCAGUUCAGAAGUGCAAGAAGUUGUAUAGUCUUCAUCUAGAUAACUGCAAGGAGCUGAGGAGUCUUCCAAGUCUCAUCCAGUUGGAAUCUCUCAGUAUACUUUCUCUUGCUUUUUGCCCAAAUCUGAAGAUGCUUCCAGAUAUUCCAAGAGGUGUAAAAGAUUUAAGUUUGCAUGAUUCUGGAUUGGAAGAGUGGCCAUCAUCUUUGCCAUCGUUGGACAAUCUUACAUUCUUUUCUGUGUCUUUUUGUAAAAACCUCAGAAGCCUACCUAGCCUCCUUCAAUGGAAAUCUCUCAGGGAUAUUGAUCUUAGUGGUUGCUCUAAUUUGAAGGUGCUUCCAGAGAUUCUGGUAUGCGCAGAAACAUUAAGAAUAGGAAGAAGGUCCGGCUUGGAAGAAUGGUCACCAUUAAUUCACUCUCUCAACAAGCUCACAUACUUGCCUGCAAAAUUGCAAAAACCUUACAAGUCUUCCAAGAAGUAUUCAUUUAAAUUCCCUUGAAGAACUUGAUCUCACUGGAUGCUCCAAUCUCAAUAAGAUUCCAAAGAUUAUAGGAUACAAUCUGAGAAAGUUAGUGUUAAAUGAGACUGGAAUACAAAAAUUGCCCUCAACAAUUAGUUAAUUGUGUAAAUUUGGGAUG